GGUGGUUGGUGUUGUUUAAUUGUUUGUAGUUUUAAGCGCAAGAACAAAUUACCCUUUAGCGUUCUAAUGAACCGUUAAUGAUUGCCAAAAAAAGUAAACGAAUGUGUUAGUAAAUAAAGUUUAUUAAGAGUUUCAACAAAUUUAGUACAAUGACAAACACCGAUGUGCGAAAGAGAAAGCUGGCCAGCGAUGACAAAUUGUCGCAGCCAAAUCGACGCAAGGGCAGCCCCAGCGCCGGAAACGGAAAUGGACGCGGCGGUGUGACCAGUGGCCUCAAAGUCUCAUUUCUAUGUUUGGUUGUCUCUGUUGUCCUGCUGCUCUUUGUCUUUGGUGUGUAUCAAUUGUUUUAUGCUAAAUCAACCCAAUCAAAUCUAACCAAAUCCUCUGUUCUGCCCACUGUCUCCAUUAACUAUCGCUCAUACAACAACAAACAACAACAACAACAACAAUCUCAAUCUGCUUCAGGCCUUGCCUCGGAUAAUGCGAGUCCAUAUCUGGCCCGUCUCGCCUCCAAGCUGGGCUACAACAAGGUCCAGUACGCCGCCAUCAUAGAUGCCGGCUCGACGGGCAGCCGCGUCCUGGCCUAUAAAUUCAAUCGCAGCUUCAUUGACAACAAACUGGUGCUCUACGAGGAGCUGUUCAAGGAGCGCAAGCCGGGUCUCAGCUCGUUCGCGGAUAAGCCGGACGAGGGCGCACACUCGAUUAAGCUGCUGCUGGAUGAGGCGCGUGCCUUCAUACCCAAGGAGCAUUGGGCUUCCACACCGCUGGUGCUGAAGGCCACGGCUGGCCUGCGCUUGCUGCCCCAGAGCAAAGCCGAGAAUCUGCUGAAUGCAGUGCGGGACUUGUUCGCCAAGUCGGAGUUCAGCGUGGACAUCGAUGCCGUUGAGAUUAUGGACGGCACGGACGAGGGCAUCUUCAGCUGGUUCACUGUGAAUUUCCUGCUGGGCCGCCUGUCCAAAACGAAUCAGGCAGCCGCCCUGGACUUGGGCGGCGGCAGCACUCAGGUCACCUUCUCGCCCACAGACCCGGAGCAGGUGCCCGUGUACGACAAGUACAUGCACGAGGUGAUCACCUCCAACAAGAAGAUCAAUGUGUUCACGCACAGCUACCUCGGCCUGGGUCUCAUGGCUGCCCGGCAUGCCGUCUUCACCAAGGGCUAUAGCGCCGAGGAGACGUUCGUAGAGAGCAUCUGCGUGAAUCCCAUCAUUGCCAAUCGCACCUGGAUCUACGGCAAUGUCAAGUACCAAGUGAGCGGCAAGGAGAACAGCAAAUCCAGCGCCGAGCAGCCAGUGGUUGACUUCGAGGCCUGCCUGGAGCUGGUCAAGAGCAAGGUGAUGCCGUUGGUCAAGCCGAAACCCUUCACGCUCAAACAGCAUGCGGUGGCGGCAUUUAGUUACUACUUUGAGCGCGCCAUCGAAUCGGGUCUGGUCGAUCCGACAGCGGGCGGCGAGACGACCGUGGAGGCCUAUCGCAAGAAGGCGCAAGAGAUCUGUGCCAUACCCAACGAUGAGCAGCCCUUCAUGUGCUUUGACCUGACCUUCAUAUCGGUGCUGCUACGUGAAGGAUUUGGCCUAAACGAUGGCAAGAAAAUUAAGCUCUACAAGAAGAUCGAUGGCCAUGAAAUCUCUUGGGCCUUGGGCUGUGCCUAUAAUGUCUUAACCAGCGACGAGAAAUACAAUAAUUCCUAGUUCUCUUCAUCACUUAGUCUGUAGAUAUAUAUAUAUUACAUGUAUAUAUAUAGCUAAAAUUGUUUAUGGAGUGCCUUAGACGUGCAUCGAAGUAUACUACACACACGGACACACA